AUGCAACAACUCGGCACACAGUCGGCUUCUUACGCUGCCGCCUUCCCCGCGCUCUCUGAGCCAGUGGGGGACGGCAGCUUCCGCAGCAUUUUGCGGCAGCAGCAAAAGGAAAUGCAGAAGCAAAGAAUCGCAGGAGUGGAUGUGCUGCGGCUGAGCGACGGCAGCAUACUGCCGCGGGUGGAGGGGGCCCCCCUGUGCAGCUUUUUGCUGCAGCGGGGGCCCCCCGGGCUGCUGCUGCUGCAGCAGCAACUCGUUUGCUGCCUCCAGUUCCUCUACACUGAAGGCAUCAAACCCUUCGCAGGCGAAGUGGCCCACCAGCUGCGCAAAAAGACCGACAGCAGCAGCUGGGGGCCCCCCGAGAUCCUCGCGCUGGCCAUGAGCAGCAGCAGCAAAGUCACCACCAAGAUUGAAAAAAGAGUAAAGGGAGAAAAUGGUUGGGUUCUUCUUUUGAAGGACGAACUGGUCCCGAAGAACUUCGCGGGGUUUAUAGACACCCGAGCCAAGGAGAACAAGUACACCCAGCAGCAGUGGAUCGAAUUCAACAAGUACUUCAUCGAGAAGCUGCGGAGCAGCAGCAGCGCAGCAGGGGCGUUCUCGGAGGGCCGCUACGCCCUGGCCGAGCAGCUGCGGCAGCAAGUGCCGGCGUUCCGCAAGCUGCGCCUCGGAGACCUCAUCCGAAUGGUGCAGCUGGCCUCGUGGGCGCGGGUUUUGACGUACCGCGACAAAACGCUAAUCCCAGUGGCGGCGUGCCCGGCAGCAGCGCGGGAGUUCCUGCUGCGGCACGCGAGCGACCCCUCGGGCGCGAAGGCCGCAGCAGCAGCAGCAGCAGCAGCGGCGCUGCUGCGCGUGCUGCGCCGCGUCGUCGACCCCGAGCCCCUCGGCGUCUUCCUCGCGCAGCUCAAGGACUUGGUGCGGUGGACGAGCCACGAGCGGCUCGACGCCGGGGUGUACGGACACCCCAAGCUGCAGGACCUGCUGCUCGCGCCGCCCUUUUCGCGCUUCUACCGUCUGUACACCCCGGCGGGCAACGAGCACUGCACCUUCGUCCAGGCGCGCCGCUUUUUGCUGCCCCGCGGCGCGCUGCUGCACCGCAAGGCUGCUGCUGCUUGGCAGCAGCAGCGCUGCCCCAUGGGCGACCCGCCCUGCCUCCCCGCCGCCGGGCUCUGGACCUUCCGCGCCCUCGUGCCCCUCGCCCACCACCACCAGCAGCAGCAGCAGCCAUUUCAUAUGUGGAAUGAGGAGGAGCAGUACAGUGGGACUGUUUCUCUUGAAACCCAAGAGCAGCAGCAGCAGCAGCAGCAGCAGCAGGAAGAGCAGCAGCAGGAAGACUUGGGAACUUGCAGCAGCUGGAAUGACACCAGCAACGAAUGUGCUGUCCGCAUAGAGCAGUCUUUGCUGCAGCUCGUUCAAGACAGCCCUGCGCGGCCGUGCGCGCUGCCUCACCACCAGCAGCAGCAGCAGCUGCUGCUGCUGCAGCACGAGCAGCAGCAGCAGCAGCAGCUAAGUCAGCAAGAGCUGCAGGAGGAGCUCUCGUUCAUUCGCAAUUUUUCCAACAGUGCAGCAGCACAAGGGCAGCACAGCGACAGGAGCAACACCACCGAUAAUACAGGCAGCAGCAGCUACAGCUGCAGCAGCAGCAGCAGCAACAGCAGCAGCGGCAGCAGCAACAUGGGGUCAGAUGAUUCUCUCUCAGACUCCCAAAACUCCGAGCGAAAUAACUCGCCCGAUACAUUCCAUCUUCUCCCUUUCUCCAAUUCAAUUUCAACAGCAGCAGAAACAGGAAUACUAAACACACUGCAGCAGCAGCAGCAGCAGCAGCAGCAGCAGCAGCAGCAGCAGCAAGGGGCGUCGGACAAGUUUUCAAUGUUUCUUUGUCCGGCGGAUCCGGCGAGCGCGGAAAAGCUCCUACAGGAAAGAGAACAGCAGUGGCACGUGAGUGCGGAGCAGCAGCAGCAGCAAGAGCAGCAGCAGCAAGAGCGGCAGCAGCAGGAGCAGCAGCAGCAGCAAGAACAGGAGCAGCAGCAAGAACAGGAGCAGCAGCAAGAACAGGAGCAGCAACAGCAGCAAGAACAGGAGCAGAGCCUGCCAAGUUUAAGGUUCCUCUGGGGCCACCGGGUCUCUUUAUUUGCUUCUUCAGUCCGCAGCAGCUCAGCAGCAGAUUUGAGCUUUCGGCCGCUGUGCUGCGACGGCACGGCUCAGGAAAUAUGA